AUGGCCCACAAUUUACGGUCGAAAGACAAAGGCAUGAAAGAGGGUGAUGAGGAGAUAACGUUGGAUCCCGUGCAGGCAACUCAAAUUCGGAUUAUGAUGAAAGCAGCAGAAAAGGAGGAACAACGCAGAGAACAAGCAGUGGAAAGAGCUGUAAGACGAGCAGAGGAAGCAACAGCUGAAGAAGUAAGAUGGAAAUUCAAGUUGAUGGAGGAAGAUAUGAGGGAACGUAGAGAAGCUGAUAUACAGUUGAGGAGUCAGAAUAAUAAUGCUCAGCAAGGAGACCAUACUGCUAGUAUAAUCCGUAGAAUCAGUCCAAUGUUAGGAAUGUUUCCUAUGGAUCCCCGUGAAAUUGCAGCAUAUUUUCAGAGGAUCGAAGGAAUAUUUGACAGCCAUCGAGCACAUGAAGAGACAUAUCCUGUAUUUGCAUCGAGACUACAUCGAAAUCUCCGAUUCUAUUUACAAAGUCGGAAGGUUGAAACGUUGGAUCAAGCACUUUCAUUGCUUGUCGUGGACCGGAUGAAGGAAUUGUUGCCAAAAAACUUGUUGGAACAUGCAUUAGCUCAGGAAGGUGAGGAAUGGUUAACCCACGAACGUCUGGCCAAUGUUGUGGAGAUAUAUGAGGCCAACAUGAACAUGAGACUGUCUAGUAAUGUAGUCCCAGGCUAUAAACCACUCCAAACGGCUGUACGUCCCGGAACAGAUCCCAAAUGGCUCAACAAAGAGGUUGUAAAAAGAUCAAUAUCAAAGGUCACUGCUAUGUCUCAGGCCACAAAGGAGUUGAAGAAACCAAGUAUUACUCCUGGGACCAUACAGGCUGAAAAAUACUUCAAAAAACCAUUUGUUCAGGUUAAAAUUCAAGCUGGUCCGACCUGUGCAUCAUUGGUAGAUAGUGGAGCAGAAGUAUGUGGAAUCUCUCAGGACUUAUGUCACAAGUUAAACAUACCCAGAGGGGAACGUUUGAGGAUCAAGGGAUGGAAUGGACCAACGACAGAAGUAGAUGGUGCAUGGGUAAUGAUGGCCUAUAAUCCUGAUGAAGACGAAAGUAUUGCCCCCGCUGUACGAGUAUGGUGUGCAGUGGUACCUAAUGCCAGCGAACAGUUAAUUAUUACACCCAAGGUGGUGGAAUUGUUGAAGAUGGCAGAUCAGUAUGUGGUACCUGCCGUGAAACUCGAAAUGACCAAGAAUAUCACACCAAUCAAGUUGGGGAAUGAGAGCACCUUGACGUUCUACAACCCUGAUAGCCUCCAGAUACCAUGUCAGGAGAGGUGUGGACGAUCUGAUAGGCGUGAUGAUGUUGAUGCAGCCAAACGUCGUGUCAGUGAAAAUGAUGAUAAGUGUAAUGACGAAAGCAUUGUUAGAUCACAUGAGGAUUCUACAUUGUUGUCAAGUGAAGAAGUUGAAACAGUAUCCGCCCGUACGUGGUCACAGCACUGGCAGGAAAAAUUCUGCACACUAACCUCGAACUUUUGCUUUUAUUUUGGUUUUCCUUAUUGA